UCAUGCUUUGGCAGGCGUCCGACGACGGCGGGGGGGGCCUGGAGAAUCUCGUCGCGCGCGCGAGGCGCUUCGGCUGGGAGGUCGCGCCACGCGGAGCGCCUCAACGGCGGAGUUUCGCGGCCGCGGCCCCCGCGGAGGCGCGGCCGCUGCGCAUGGCGCCGUCCAGGGUGGGGUCCGCGCAGUGGUCCUUGUCGUUGCGUGUCCGACCAUGGACCGCGUGCUGCCCAUCGCUCCUGGGCCGUUUCCGGUGGUCUUCGAACUGUCCUCGGCAGUCUUCUGACAGUCUUCGGCGGCUUCUGGCGGUCUUUGGCGGUUUCAGCUGGUCUUCGGCGCGAAGGCCGGGUGGAUGCGAUCUGCACGUGGUCCAUGAUCGAACGCCUGGUGUGAGGUCGGGCUUGUCCCCCGACAGUUGGAUUGAAGAACAGUGACAGAUACCCCAAAAAUGCCCAAACACAUUCCGUAGAGUACUCGAAAAAUCUUCCCCGGACUACUCCUUUACUGCCUUCGAGCAGUCCUCCUGCAGAGGGACGCACCCGACUUGAGCCUGGUGCGAACAGUUAGAGAUACUCCAAAAAGGCCCAAACACAUUCCACAGAGUACUCGAAACAUCGUCCCCGGACUACUCCUUUCCUGCCUUCGAGCAGUCCUCCUGCAGAGGGACGCACCCGACGUGAGCCUGGUGCGAACAGUCAGAGAUACUCCCAAAAAGGCCCAAACACAUUCCACCCCAAAAUAGUAAAAAAUUAGCCUGGCGAAGAACCCAAC